AUGGUGCGAGGCGAGUUAACUAGAAUCCAACGAGCCGUAGUUGGUGCACUAAUAACAAUCGACGUUCAUGCCAGAGACAUUGUAACUUCAAUGGUACAAAACAAAGUCAACAGUGAUACGAAUUUCGAGUGGUUAAAGCGGUUACGAUACUACUGGGACGAAAUUGACAGUUGUGUCGCUUGUAUGGCAAACGCACGUUGGUUAUACGCAUUUGAGUAUUUAGGGUGUUCUGACCGCUUGGUCAUAACUCCAUUAACAGACAAGUGUUAUUUAUGUCUGAUGGGAGCGCUGCAACUAAAUCUUGGAGGAGCUCCAGCUGGGCCCGCUGGCACAGGAAAAACCGAAACGACAAAAGAUCUCGCCAAAGCCAUGGCGACUCAAUGCGUCGUAUUUAAUUGUUCCGACGGGCUAGAUUAUAAAAUGAUGGGUAAAUUUUUUGCUGGUUUAGCUCAAUCCGGUGCUUGGUGUUGUUUUGACGAAUUCAAUCGUAUAUAUAUUGAGGUGCUUUCUGUAAUUGCUCAACAGCUGAUUACAAUUAUGAAUGCUAAAGUUACAAAUUCCAAGCGAUUUAUAUUUGAGGGAAGAGAGAUAAAACUUAUAAAAACAUGCGCAGCUUUCAUAACAAUGAAUCCAGGUUAUGCUGGUCGAACUGAACUUCCAGACAAUUUACAAGCUCUUUUUCGCCCUAUGGCAAUGAUGGUACCCGAUUACGGACUUAUAGCCGAGGUCAUAUUAUAUUCGGAAGGUUUUGAGUCUUCAAAAAUGUUAGCUCAAAAAAUGGUGAAUAUGUAUAAACUAUGCAGCGAGCAACUUUCCAUUCAAGACCAUUACGAUUUUGGAAUGCGGGCCGUUAAGAGUGUUCUAGUGAUGGCUGGGUCGUUAAAACGAAAAAAUCCGACAAUAAAUGAAAAUUUAGUUUUGAUAAGAGCGUUAAGAGACAGUAAUUUACCGAAAUUUCUCAAAGACGACGUAAUUUUGUUUCAAGGUAUUUUAAAUGAUUUAUUCCCUGGUGUCAUAUUGCCAGAGCAAGAUUACGGAUUAUUUCUGGCCACCGUUAAAAAUAUUAUGGAGCUGGAUGGCCUUCAAGUCGAAGAAUGUAUAUUUGUUAAAGUUAUACAACUGUUAGAGACAAUCAUUGUUAGACACGGAAUAAUGACUGUCGGACCGACUGGGGGAGGAAAAACCACAGUGUUAAAAAUACUCGGUAAAACGCUGACGCAGCUAUACGAAAAUGGUAUCACUGGACCGUACUACAAACCCGUGAAUACAUACACACUUAAUCCAAAAGCGAUAACUAUGGGUGAAUUAUACGGUGAAGUCAAUUUGCUCACGAUGGAAUGGACGGAUGGAUUACUUGGGAAAUUUGUUAGGAGCGCUGUUCAAAGCACUAAUGAAGAGUUUCAAUGGGUCGUUUGUGACGGACCUGUGGAUGCGGUUUGGAUUGAAAACUUAAAUACUGUACUUGAUGAUAAUAAAAUGCUAUGCCUAGCUAAUUCCGAGCGCAUUAAACUGACGUCUUGGGUCAGAAUGAUAUUUGAGGUUGGAGAUCUAUCCCAAGCGUCACCGGCAACGGUAAGUAGGUGCGGAAUGGUUUUCGUAGAUCCAUCAGACCUUGGAUGGCUUCCUUAUGUGCGUUCUUGGAUAAAUAGAUUAAGUAGUGAUGUUAUUGACAUCAAUAAUGAGUAUAAAACUUAUCUUUUGACGCUAAUUGAAACUUACGUCGGGACUGGAUUUACAUUCAUCGAAAAAAAUUGUUCCUCUCCAAUUAAACAGGCAAAAAUAAGUAAAGCAGUUAUGAUGUGUACAAUCCUCGAAUCUCUUUUAACAGACCCACAUGGGAUUAACAAAAUUAUGGAUAACUCUAAAGUACGCAAAUUCAUUUGUCAAUCUUUAGUCUUCGCUUAUGUAUGGGGACUAGGAGCAAAUUUGGUCGAUUCAUCACAAACCUUGUUUGAGACGUUCGUUUUUAACCAAUUUGAAGACAACUUCAAUGCAGCUAUUCCACCAGGAACUGAAUUAAAGAACGUAUACUUAAAUAUGGAAAAGAAACAAUUUGACAGCUGGACAGAAAUUGUUCCAGAUUUCGUAUAUAAUAAAGAAACUCCAUACUUUGAGUUAUUAGUGCCCACAGUAGAUAGUGUGCGUUACUCUUAUGUUAGCCAGAGGUUAGUGCAAAUGAACCAGCCUAUCAUGUUGUCUGGAGUUACAGGAGUCGGUAAAACUUCUGUAGCAAAUUUUGUCAUGAACAACCUAGUUAAAACUGGGAAGUGGAUUACUGGAAUGAUAAAUUUUUCUGCUCAAACCAAUAGUAAUAGAACUCAAGAAAUUGUAGAAUCAAAACUGGAAAAGAAAAAACGAACUGUCUUUGGAGCUCCAGGCAAUAAACGAAUAGCUUUUUUCAUAGAUGACGUAAAUAUGCCUAGACCUGAAAUUUAUGGUGCUCAACCUCCAAUUGAACUACUCCGACAAUUGUUGGAUUUCGGUGGAUUGUAUGACAGAGAGAAACUAUUUUGGAAAGACAUAGAAAAUGUGAUAGUAUGCUCUAUAUGUGCACCUCCCGGUGGUGGUCGUAAUCCAUUAACCCCACGAUUUACUAGACAUUUUUCUAUGAUGUUCAUACCAUCAACUAGCGAAAAAGCUAUGAAAACUAUAUUCACAUCGAUAUUAGAUGGAUUUUUGGAAGAGUUCCCUCCAGUUAUAGCUCGUUCUAGUAGUGCUUUGGUACAAGCUAGUGUUGAUGUUUAUUUGCGUAUUAUGGAAGACCUUUUACCGACUCCAGCAAAAUCACAUUACAUAUUUAAUUUAAGAGACUUAUCUAAAACGAUACAAGGUAUUUUACAAGCUGAUUUUUCGAGUAUACCAGAUCUAACGCGUUUAUACAGGCUAUGGUAUCAUGAAACAUUACGCGUUUACCACGACCGUUUAGUUUGCCAAGAAGAUAAAUCAUACUUUCACAAACUCUUACAAUCAGUUUCUUCACGGUAUUUAAGUGGUCCAGUAUUAGAGUUUUCUCCGACAGACGAGAAUUUCACAAAUCCUCCCAUGUUAAUAUUUGGCGAUUUUAUGAAUCCCGUAUCUAAGGAUUCACGAGUAUAUGAAGAAAUAACCAACAUCGAAAAACUAAAAGCUGUGCUUUUGGAAAACUUAUUGGACUUCAACAUGCUUUACAAUAAAGAUAUGCAACUAAUAUUUUUCGUUGAUGCUAUUGAGCACGUAACACGUAUUGCGAGAAUAUUGAGAUCGGAAAGAGGAAAUGCUUUGUUGGUUGGAGUCAGCGGUAUGGGCAAACAGUCUUUGACAAAACUGGCUUCACAUUUGAAUGAAUAUAAAUGCUUUCAAAUAGAACUUACAAAGUCGUAUGAUUAUGCAUCCUUCCAUGAAGAUUUGGUUAGUUUAUACCAUAGAGCUGGUGCAGAUUUUGAAGACACCACAUUCUUAUUCACUGAUAGCCAAAUUGUACAAGAAGAAUUUUUAGAAGACAUUAAUAAUAUUUUAAGCUCAGGAGAGGUACCAAAUUUGUUUAAGCAAGAUGACUUAGAAAAAGUUAUUGUAGCCUGCCGACAGCCAGCUUUGGAAUCGGGAGUUAUUGACAGUCGAGAUGCAAUAUUUGUAUUUUUUAUACAACGAGUACGGUCCAAACUGCAUUUAGUUAUUUCAAUGAGCCCUGUUGGAGAUGCAUUUAGACGUAGAUGCCGUUUGUUUCCAUCAUUAGUGAAUAACUCUACUAUUGAUUGGUUUGACGAUUGGCCUACAGAAGCUCUUUUAUCUGUAGCCAAAAAAAGUUUAGAACAAUUUCUGGGACCCGAAGAUCCUAUUUUAGUCGAUAACUUAUCAAACAUUUGUAACUAUAUGCAUGAAAUUGUCAGUCAAAGAACAAAACGGUUUUUCGAACAAAUGCGAAGGUAUUACUAUGUAACACCCAGCAGUUAUUUGGAACUAUUAAAACUUUUUAAAAUAAUGCAUAUCAUACAAACAAAAAAAAUUCAAAGUGAUUCAGACAGAUUUUCAAAUGGUUUACACAAACUUUACGAGACAUUCGAUAUGGUAGGCCAAAUGAAAACUAGACUUAAAGGGAUGGCUCCGGCAUUACUAGAAAAAAAUGAAGCAAUGCAAAAGUUGAUGGAGAACCUUAUAAAAGAAAAAUCUAGUGUUGAUGCUGUACGAAAGGUAGUUCUUACUGAAGAAGCAGCGGCAAAAGUAAAAGCAAAAUCAGCUAAAGAAAUUGCAGCAGAUGCUCAAAAAGAUUUGAUGUUGGCUAUGCCUGCAUUAGAAGCGGCUAAAAAAGCAUUAGAAGCCCUUAACAAAAAUGAUAUAAAUGAGCUGAGAGUGUUUAAUAAGCCUCCAAGAUUAGUUCAAGUUGUGAUGGAAGCUGUAUGUUUGUUGCUAAAUCAAAAAAAGGAUUGGGCAAAUGCUAAAGUAGUUUUGGGAGACUCCAAUUUUCUUAAAAAACUUCAAGAAUAUGACAUUGAUAAUAUUUCAGAAAAGAUGAUUAAUCAACUAGUUCCAUACAUUGAAGAUCCAGAUUUUAAUCCUCAAAAAGUUGCGACUCAGUCCAAAGUCGCAAAAUCAAUGUGCAUGUGGGUUCUUGCAGUUCAUAGUUAUUCACUGGUGUAUCGAGUUGUAGAACCAAAAAGAAAAAAGCAGCGAGAGGCUGAAAAUGAGCUAUUAGAAGUUUUGAAAGAGCUUGAAACAAAACAGAAAAUGCUAGCAGAUGUUCAAGCACGUCUUCAAAAGCUUGAAGAAGUAUAUGAUCAAAAUAUAGCUGAACGAGAUAAACUUGAAGCAAAUAUUAAUAGAACACAAUUGCGUUUAAAACGUGCUAAUUUGCUUGUAGUUGCUUUGAAAGACGAACAACGUAGAUGGGAAAAGAAUAUAAAAAUAUUUUCACAACGUUUGCUUACGGUAACUGGAGACAUGAUAAUCGCCGCUGGAAGUAUAAACUAUUUAGGACCAUUUACAGAUGAAUAUCGAAAAGAAAUAACUACUAUUUGGCUUCAAAAAAUAGCUGAAUACGAAAUCAUUCACUCACCAAAUUACUCAUUGAGUACAGUCCUGAUUGACUCGUUUGAACAACGUUCUUGGAAUAUUUGUGGACUUCCUCGAGAUUCUGUAUCAACAGAUAAUGCAAUAAUAGUUACCAGAGCAAGCCGAUGGCCUUUAAUGAUCGAUCCACAGGAACAAGCUAACAGAUGGAUAAAAGCUCUGGAAGCUCAAAACAUGUUAAAGGUGUGCAAAGCUACUAAUUCUGGCUUGAUUAGUAUAAUUGUCGGCGCUAUAAGAGUAGGAUACCCAAUUUUAAUAGAAGGUCUUGAAGAACACGUCGACCCGACUUUAAGGCCUGUUCUGGAAAAUAAUACAUACAUACAAGGUGGACGAUUGCUCAUACGAAUCGGCAAUACAGACAUUGAGUACAGCGAUGGUUUCAGAUUUUAUAUGACAACUAAACUAUCUAAUCCACAUUAUAUGCCUGAAAUAUGUAUUCAAGUGACUUUAGUAAAUUUUACUGUAACGCCGUCUGGUUUAGAAGACCAAUUAUUAGUAGAAAUUGUGAGGUUAGAAAGGCCAGAUUUAGAAGAUAAACGUACAGCAACAAUAGUGAGCAUAAAUGAUGAUAAUAAUUUAUUAAAAGAAAUGGAAGACAAAACUUUAAGAAUGUUAUACACCACCGAAGGAAACAUUUUAGAUGACGAAGAGCUUAUUGAGACAUUAAACAACAGUAAGGAAACUUCUAUCAUAAUCGCUUCUCGACUUAUUGAUGCAGAAGAAACGGAAAUUAGUAUAACUACUGCCAGAGAAAAGUAUAGACCUGUAGCGAAAAGAGGAUCUUGUCUAUACUUUGUUGUUUCUCAACUAUCUGAAAUUGAUUCAAUGUAUCAAUUUUCUUUAAAUUAUUUUAACUCUAUAUUUUGCAAUGUUAUCAAAAACAGCAAUAAAUCUCUACGAAUUGAUGUGAAAAUGCCUAUCAUGAUAGAUGAUAUUACUAAAGCCGUUUAUACAAAUGUAUCUAAAGGAUUGUUCGAACGUCACAAACUUGUAUUUAGUUUCUUGUUGAGCGUCAACAUUGAUUUACAAAUGGGGAAGAUUACUCCUGUCAAAUGGGAUUUCUUGUUACGUGGACCCGUUGGCGCAAAGCCGACAGACAAAUUAGGACAAAAACCAAAUAUACCAACACUGACUGACGAUUUGUGGCAGACUAUCCUGUAUGUGUCUGAAACUUUUCCAAAGUUUAAAAGGCUUCCAGAAAGUUGCAGUGGAACCAUUCAAAUAAAUUUAGGGGAAUACGAAGAAAUUAUACAGUUCGAUCCCGACAAUAACAACAUGAUAGUCGAUUGGAAUUCUGCGUUGUUGCCGUUUGACAAACUUAUGAUUAUAAAAGCACUUAAAGAAGAAAAAUUGAUAUUUGCGAUUACUAAUUACGUUAGCAGUGAACUUGGGAAAUUAUUUAUUGAAAGUCCGGCUAUUUCAUAUCAACUCUUGUAUAAUGAUACAUCAUCUUCGAUACCCUUAGUGUUUAUAUUAAGUCCUGGGUCCGACCCAUUCAACUCAUUUCAGAAAUUCGCAUUGGAAUAUGGCAUAGGAGAAAAUUUUCAAUCAAUAUCGCUGGGGCAAGGACAAGGACCAAUUGCAGAAAAAUUAAUUAUGGACGGAAAAGAUCAAGGAAAUUGGGUAUUCUUACAAAAUUGUCAUUUAGCAUUAUCGUGGAUGUUGCGUUUAGAAACUUUAGUCCAAGAACUUAUCGAAAACCCAACAUCCGUUAGAUCAGACUUUAGAUUGUUUCUGAGCUCUAUGCCUUCAAAGACAUUUCCAACUUAUGUUUUACAAAAUUCAUUAAAAGUUACAAAUGAGGCCCCAAAAGGUUUAAAAGCAAAUAUGAAAAGAUCAUUUUUUGAAAUGAAUGUGGAUUUUUUUGAAGACAAUGCUUUCGGUUCUGAAUGGAGAAAAAUGGUAUUUGGGUUAUGUUUUUUCCAUUCGAUUAUAUUAGAAAGGAGGAAGUUCGGCUCGCUUGGUUGGAACAUUUUAUACGCAUUUACGGACAGUGAUCGAGAAUGCGCGAUGCACCAAUUGGAAAUGUACUGUUUAGCUUCCAAUACAAUUCCUUGGAGUGCUUUGUCAUAUAUUACUGGAGAAAUUACAUAUGGCGGAAGAGUCACUGACUUUUGGGAUCAAAGAACUUUAAGAAACGUUUUAUGGAAUUUUUUCGCCCCACACACGAUGGAACUAAAUUAUAAGUAUUCAAAAUCGGGCACUUACUAUUGUCCCGAAUCACCAAAUUGCAAGACUCUAGAGGAUUAUCAACAAUUUAUUAAUCAAUUACCCGUAAUAGAAGGACCAGAAGUGUUCGGAAUGCAUGAAAACGCGAAUAUUGCUUUUCAAACUAAAGAAACACAAGGUAUUUUGCAAACAAUCAUAGAAGGGUAUCCGAAAUCAUCUGGUGGUUCUGCUGAGAAUUCAGAUGACAUUGUUGCAAAUAUGGCAAAUGAUAUAUCCGAGAGGCUAAUGAAAUUUAUAGAUGUCGAACAAGCUAAUUUCUUGAUAGUGCAAUUAGAUAAUAAGGGUAGACUACCAUCACUAUCCACAGUUUUAAUACAAGAAGUCGAACGUUUUAAUAAACUACUAGAUAUUAUACACAUAUCACUAAAUGACCUACGAAAAGCUAUUAAAGGUUUAGUAGUUAUGUCUUCCGAGUUGGAGGGUGUUUAUGUAUCAUUUUUAAGUAAUACAAUACCGAAAAUCUGGUCACAGAAGGCUUACCCAUCAUUGAAAUCAUUAGGCAGCUGGGUUAAAGACUUGGUCAUGAGAUUAGAUUUUAUCGACAUUUGGCUUAAAUUUGGAAGUCCACUUUCAUACUGGAUAUCCGGCUUAUAUUUUCCACAAGGGUUCAUGACUGGUUGUCUUCAGAGACAUUCCAGAAAAUACAGUAUACCGAUUGAUAGUUUAAAAGUUGAUUUCGAACUCAGCAAUAUUGUUUUGAAUCAAGAAGAAAUUACAGCUAUUCAUACCCUUACAUCCAAAGAAGAUUAUGAAGCAUACAAAGGGUUGAAAGCAUUAAAAGACGGGGUAUACGUUCAUGGAUUAUUUCUGGAUGCUGGUCGAGUCGACUUAAACGCCAGACUUUUAGUCGACCCAAAUCCUGGUGAACUUUAUCCGCCACUUCCUGUUAUGCGUCUAGUACCGACCGUGGAAUUGGAUGAAAUUAGUUUGCGUUAUCAUUGUCCCCUAUACAAAACUGCUAUCCGGGCAGGUGUUCUUUCAACUACGGGACAUAGUACAAAUUUCGUAGUUGUUGUUCUAUUGCCUACCGAAUAUCCUGAGAGCUAUUGGAUACAGAAAGGAACAGCUCUAAUCACGCAGAUCACGAAUUAA